AUGGUGCUCGGCCGCCUAGCCCACUGGACCUUCGACGCCGUCCUCCUCUCCGCCUUCCUCGCCGGCGUCCGGCGGUCGACCGGUCUAACCCCUAGUCUCAAACCCGACUCCCUCUCCGAAUCCCCCGGCGUCAAGAAGUGGAUCGAGAAUUACCUCUGGGUGGGCGAGUCGAUCAUGGAUCAGAGCGUGGCGUUGAUGAGCUCGAGUGGGUAUUUCGAGCGGAAACGGUAG